GCAUUUUGGAGUAGAAAUUUUUAAUUUAAAAACGUUCUAUCUCUUGCAUUAAAAUCUGUAUUUAACAUAUGUUAGAGAGAAAAAAGAAGAGCUGCUAUUGAUCUUGCUUUUCAACGCCAAAAAUUAUUUAUUUAUCCGAUACAUAUGUUGAUGCAGUUGAACUAUCAGAUUCUUUUUUACCAACAACAUCUAUGGCUCAGUAGUUCUUACAAAUUCAUUGAAAGUCUCUUGAGUUUUCUCUAUUUGGGAAACGUCAGCCAAUGAGUUUUUAAAGGUUAUGUCACUGCUUGUGAUGAUAAAAGUAGUGCGGGUAAUGAUGUUGCUGGAAAAUGGUGGGUUCUUUUAGACAGUAAUUCGAUCCUUUGACCAAAUGUGGGUGUGGAGAAGUUUAUUUUUCCUUGGUUUUCUUUCAGUUCACUCGAAGUGAUUCAAACUUUUAAGUGAUUUAAUUAUCAAAAUUUUGGAGUAAAAAAAAGAUCGUUUUCCAAUUUGGAGUAUUGUACACGUGUUAACUAGUUGUAAAAAGUUUUAUUGACUAUCAAAAUGCAAAAUCCAAAUGAUGAUACUGAGUGGAAUGAUAUUUUGCGCUCAAAGGGAAUUAUUCCUGAAAAACCAAAGGAGAAGGAAGUCACAGAGGAUGAUAUUAUUGAUAUUUUAGAAAGUACUAUAAACCAAAAGACUGGUCGAGAUGCUAAAACAUUAGAAGAUAAAACCUUGGAUGAGUUAGACGAACUUGAAGAUGAAGAAGAUGAAAAAGUACUUGAAGAAUACAGGAGAAAAAGAAUGGCAGAAAUAAAAGCAUUAGCUGAGAAAUCCAAAUUUGGGGAUCUUAGGGAGAUAUCAGCCCAAGAUUACGUGUCAGAAGUUAAUAAUGCGGGUGAAGACGUUUGGGUCGUUCUUCAUUUAUAUAAAUCUGGAAUUCCCCUGUGUACGUUGAUAAAUCAAUACUUAGCAUCUUUAGCUCGAAAAUUUCCAACUACUAAAUUCUUAAAGAGUAUUUCUACUACGUGUAUCCCCAACUGGCCUGACAGAAAUUUACCAACUCUCUUUAUUUAUCACAAUGGGAAUAUGACGAAACAAAUAAUUGGAGCUAUUGAACUUAGAGGCAUGAAACUCACAGAAGCAGAAUUAGAAUGGAUGUUGGGUCAGGCAGAAGCCGUACCAUCUAAAAUUAAAGAAGAUCCAAGACCAAAGGUGCGAGACGUCCUUUUUACUAAUUUACAAAAAGAAAAAGAAGAUGACCUUUCAGAUUCCAAUGAUUGGUGAUAUUGAGAAUUCAAAAAAAUAUUUAUCAAAUCUACAGAGUAUUUAUCAUGUAUUUAGAUUAUUUACUUAAAAAUUUCCAAUAUUUGUCAAUUAAAAUGUUCGAAUUUUUAACAUUUUUUUGAUUUUUUAUCAUCUAAAUUAAAAAAAGAUUAAAUCAA